CAACAUAAAACGUGAUCAGAUAAGCUUGUUUACACUGAACGAGAUUUAUCGAAAUUCAUUGGUUACAAUUUCAUAUUAACUUCCAUCAGAAAUUGUUUAAAAGGAUAUUAACUUAAGUCUUAUAAAUCACCUGUAGACAAACUGACGAUAAAAGAAAAUGCUGAGGAUGCUGUUCCAAUGUUUUCGCCGGGGCACUGACUGAACCAACAAUUACUAUGGCGAAUGUACAUGAAAAACUACGACUUUUGCAGCCGUCGUUUCUUCUGAUUGAGCAGCUUUUUGAUGUGAAAGACAACCAUCUCUGUCUUGAAAAGAUGAUUUGUCUGCUGGAAACAGAAAUGCCAAACGAGGAGCAUAACCCUUUUAAGUACUAUUCAAGAUUCCUUACCAAUUCCCAUCACGAUUUUGAUGCAGCGGCUUUCAAUGAAAUAGAGUCACUCGAAAGAAACUUCCCAAAACUCUCAAAAAUUAUUGAAAGCAUUGAAUAUGGACAAAAUGCUAAUACGAGCCGAAACUGCAACCUUAGGUUCUCAGAAUGCAGCAAGACACAAAGUGAACUGAUAGCUAUAGCCGAUGCCUAUAGCGACGACAACAUUUUGAAACAUGGAUUUCCUACUCGCACAAGAAGAGGCUCGGGCUGUUUCUGGGGAGGAGUUGGAUGUGCUGUACUUGGUGGAGGGUGUGCUAUUUGUGCUACGUCAACACUGGGAACGUGUACUGCUGCUUGUGGCCCCGCAGCGGCGGCAGCUUGUUCUGGGUUCGGUCUUGGCUGCGUUGUUGGAUAGAACUGUUUACUCCGAUAUCAAAAUAUUUCGACUGACAUUCUCAUAGUUUCCUGACUGAAAAAAGGGUUUAUUGAAAUAAAAUGUUGUGAUUUGA